CGCUCUGCCCCAGACGCUGCGCCCACCCGGAGCGGCGCAGACUCUGCCCGCGCGCUCCUGGAGAGCGAGCCGGGACCGAGGACGGUGCUGCGGACCCCGAGGGCCAGCGCGGACCUCGUCGCAGGCGCUGGGGCGGCAGAGAGUUCAGCCAGAUAACUUGGAAGUCUGGAAAGCUGAAGAGGCGAUGAGGAGGGUGUCUGCAUCUGAAGGCGUGGUUUAACUGGUAAGAUUUCAACAAGAAAAACUUAGGCUUUCUUGGAUUCCCGCAUCAAAGAAAAGCUGCAAGCUUUCAGAAAGAGUUUCCCUUUGACGAGAAGGAAGAGCCUGCCAGCCUCCGGAGAGGCCUUGAUGCCAAGUGUUUAGCUGCCCUCCCUAAAGUUGCAGAAUUAAGAAAAAUCUUCGAACCAAAGAGGAAAGACUUUUUAGAAAUGAAAAGAAAAGAAAGAAUUGCCAGGCGCCUGGAAGGAAUCGAGAAUGAUCCCCAGCCCAUCCUGUUGCAGAGCUGCACAGGGUUGGUGACUCAUCGGCUGCUGGAGGAAGACACGCCCAGAUACAUGCGUGCCACAGACCCCGCCAGCCCUCACACUGGGCGAUCCAAUGAAGAGGAAGACACUCCCGCGUCUUCCCUAGAAAAGCAAACUCCAUCUAAAUACUGCACAGAAACCUCGGGCAUCCAUAGUUCCAGCUCCAUGGACAGCCACAGCCUAGAGUCCAAAGCAGAAAGGAUCGCAAGGUAUAAAGCAGAGAGGAGGCGGCAGCUGGCGGAAAAGUACGGGCUAACUCUAGACCCCGAAGUCGACUCUGAAUACUUGUCUCGAUAUACCAAGCCUCGGAAGGACCUGGAUGCAGCUGAGAGACGAAAAAGUGACAGGCAGGAAGAACAGAGCAAGGAUACCAGUUCCCAGCACUCCAGGACUGAGCCAGGGCCUAGGACCAGCGUGGUGGAGUCCCAGGACUGUGCUCCCGUGGGAAGCCCCCGUGUGUCAGACCAUGAGCGGCUGCUCAAUGUGGAGAACAAGAGAAGAGCCCAAGAGACACCCAUGGCCGAAGAUGGUUCCCCUGCCUUCUUUUCCUUUCCGGAAGUGCCAAGAUCCCCAAAGCAGAUGCCUAGCUCACCGCUGCAGCAGCCAGCCUCCCCGAGCUACCCUGGUGACCUGCCACUGCCCACAGAGGCCCGAGCCAGUACAGGGAAGCCCACGCAUGAGUGGUUUCUGCAGAAAGAUUCCGAAGGGGAUACACCUUCACUUAUCAACUGGCCUUCCAGAGUUAAAGUUAGAGAAAAAUUGGUCAAGGAGGAGAGUGCUCGCAGCAGCCCCGAACUCACUUCAGAGUCCUUAACUCAAAGGAGACAGCAGCCAGUACCAGCGCAUUUCCUGUCUAUCCAGUCAGAAAGCUCCGCCUUUCACAGGGUCACCAGCAAAGCCGUGAGCUCGCUGCGGCCAAGCCAGAGCUGUGUCCUGCCAGCUGACCCUGUUCAUGCCAUCAAGCUGGUGACCAAGGACACCCCAGAAAGUGCAUCCGAAUGCAGCUGGGUGGGACCAGCCACCCCAAAUGUCAUAAAAUCUACCACCUUGAAGAUUCUAGAAGGUGGUUCAAGGGAUGCUCCCGUCCUCCAUAUCUGUGAAUCUAAAUCAGGAGAUGUGCUCUCCCCUGAAACCCUGGAGAGGAGCCCCAAAUCACUCUUGACCUCCGAAGAUGACAGGCUUGUGAGAGGCCACGAAGACCAUUCUGAAGAUUUAGAUAAGCCCACGGCUCGCUCCAUCGCCGUAGGACCUGAGAGAGAGCAGCAAGUUCACCAUCCGCCCACUCAGAGAUCUGGCCGGAGUGAAAUGGUUCUGUAUGUCCAGAGUGGUCCUGUGUCCCAGGAUGCCACACUCACCAGUCACACAAAGGAGGCCUCUCCAAAGAAGCGUAAGGUCCUGGCCCGCUCCCUGUCAGAUUACACGGGUCCCCCUCAGCUCCAGGCCCCCCGACACAGGGAUGCAGCCACAAAGCAAGAGCUGGAGCUGCGGAGUUCCAGGGCAGAGGGGCCUGGUGCAGAAGCCGGUGUGCUGGACACCAGAGUGUCUGUCGCCCAGCUCAGAAAUGUGUUUCUGGAGUCGGCCAGAGCCAGCAAGAGACCUGAACUUCCUAAAAGCCAAUCCCGGGUUGAGAGGUCAGCUGAAGGAAUUGGCUUGCCCAUGGAACGGGAGAGAGGGUCUCGGAAACCAAGACGCUAUCUUUCUCCCGGUGAAAAUAGAAAAACUUCUGAACGAUUUAGAACUCAACCUAUAACGUCAGCCGAGCGGAAGGAAUCUGAUAGGUACCCUUCGGGUUCAGACAUGCCGGUGGCUGACGAUGAAGAAAAGGUGGAUGAACGGGCCAAGCUGAGUGUUGCUGCCAAGAGGCUGCUUUUCAGGGAAAUGGAGAGAUCAUUCGAUGAGCACAGCGUACCAAAGAGGCAUUCGAGAAAUGCAGCCGUGGAGCAAAGGCUGCGUCGCCUGCAGGACCGCUCACACACUCAGCCCAUCACCACAGAGGAAGUGGUCAUUGCAGCCACGUUGCAGGCUUCAGCUCACCACAAGGCUUUAACCAGGGGCCAGGCAAACGAGGGCAGAGAGUCUGCUGAGCCGGGCGAACCCGAUUCCUCCUCCUUGAGCUUAGCCGAGAAGCUGGCCUUGUUUAACAAACUGUCCCAGCCAGUCUCCAAAGCCAUUUCUACCAGAAACAGAAUAGCCGUGCGGCAGAGGAGGCUGAAUGCCAGGUAUCAGACUCAGCCGGUCACACUCGGAGAGGUGGAGCAGGUGCAGAGCAGCGGGAAGCUCAUCUCCUUCUCCCCCACUGUAAGCACAUCUGUGAGCACAGCUGUGAGCACGCCUGCAGCUGCCCCCACGUAUGCCGGGGACCUUCGCACGAAGCCGGCUGCUGAAGACAGUGUGGCCGCCCCUGACUAUAAGUCCCCCCCUUCCGAGGAGACGUUGGACUCUCCGGUUAGAAGCAUUCUCAAGCCACAAGCCUGGCGGCCUCGCGCAGAGCGCCGUGGGAGCGAAGGAAUGCUGGGGGAGUGUGCAGAGCUGGAGAGCAGCAACGCUCUGACCGCGGGAGACAGUGAUGUCCAAACACUCGGGGCCUCGGAGGAGGAGGCAGGGCCCUCCUACCCCAUCCCUGGCAGAGUCGCCGGUGGUGCUGGGCAGAAGGAGCUGAAACACACCAUCCUGAGGAGAGGAAGCACGGAGCUUGGUCCUCCUCCUGUCGCCCACCUGGGUGAUGAGCUGAAGGGAUCUUCCACUGCUAGAGGCAGUUGGCAGGAGAACCUGGACCAGGAGGAUAAGCGGGCCUUGGAGGAGAGCUUGGAUGUGGGGAAUGUCACGAGGAAGUUCUCGCUCAAAGAGUUUGGAGAGCCUGCUUCUGAGCAGGCGGCACCGGCUGCCGGGAAAGCCUCCAUUCAGAUGGCAACGCUGGGGUCCUGGAAGCAGCAGGAUCCUUCCGAGCAGAUAGCGGAGAAGCUCUUCAAGAACCCCUCUGCCAUGUUUGCCGCCGGAGAAGUCAAAGUGCCGGCAGGCGAGACUGUCCUGGAUUCACCCAGCAAAACCAUGUCAAUCAAAGAAAGGCUGGCGCUGUUGAAGAAGAGUGGUGAGGAAGACUGGAAGAACAGGCUGCUUCGGAAGCAGGAAUACGGCAAAGCCGCCAGCGGCCUGCACAUGCAGGAGGAGCAGUCUCUGAGGAAGGAAGAAGGAGGAUUUACAGAUGAUAAUGCCAUUUCUAAUCUGCUUUGGCGGGUCUCGGAAAGUCGAGAGUGCCAGAUGACGAUUGAAGAGCGGAAGCACCUCAUCACUGUUCGCGAGGAGGCAUGGAAGGCGAAGGGCAGGGGCGCGGCCAACGAUUCCACCCAGUUCACCGUGGCAGGAAGAAUGGUGAAGAAAGGUCUGGCAUCACCCACAGCCAUAACUCCAGUCUCAUCCCCUCUGUGCAACAGGUCAAGGGGCACAACUCCGGUUUCUAAGCCCUUGGAAGAUAUCGAAGCUAGACCAGAUAUGCAGCUGGAAUCGGACCUGAAGUUGGACAAGCUGGAAACCUUCCUAAGGAGACUGAACAACAAAGUUGCUGGGAUGCAGGAAACCGUUCUCACGGUCACUGGCAAAUCUGUCAAGGAGGUGAUGAAGUUGGAUGAUGAUGAGACCUUUGCCAAAUUCUACCGCAGCGUGGAUUACAACAUACCCAGAAGUCCUGUGGAGCUGGAGGAGGACUUUGAUGUCAUUUUUGACCCUUACGCUCCCAAGUUGACUUCUUCGGUGGCAGAGCAUAAACGCUCAGUCAGGCCCAAGCGCCGGGUCCAGGCCUCCAAGAACCCUCUCAAAUUGCUGGCAGCAAGAGAUGACCUCCUUCAGGAAUACACGGAGCAAAGGCUCAACGUUGCCUUCAUGGAAUCCAAGAGGAUGAAAGUGGAAAAGAUGUCCUCCAAUUCCAACUUCUCCGCCGUGACGCUGGCGGGCCUGGCCAGCAGGGAGAACUUCAGCGGCAUCAGCCUGCGGAGCGUCAACCUGACGGAGCAGAACUCCAACAACAGCGCCGUGCCCUACAAGAAGCUCAUGCUGUUGCAGAUCAAAGGAAGAAGACACGUGCAGACAAGGCUGGUGGAGCCUCGAGCCUCUUCACUCAACAGUGGGGACUGCUUCCUUCUGCUGUCCCCUCAGUACUGCUUCCUGUGGGUCGGAGAGUUCUCCAACGUCAUCGAGAAUGCAAAGGCUUCUGAACUUGCAACAUUAAUUCAGACAAAGAGGGAGCUUGGUUGUAGAGCUACAUACGUCCAGACCAUUGAGGAAGGCAUUAACACACAUACUCACGCAGCCAAGGACUUCUGGAAGCUCCUGGGUGGCAAGACCUGCUACCAGUCUGCCGGAGACCCAAAGGAAGAUGAGCUGUAUGAGACAGCCAUCAUCGAAACAAACUGUGUCUACCGUCUGAUUGACGACAAACUGGUUCCUGAUGAUGACUACUGGGGAAAGAUUCCCAAGUGCUCCCUUCUGCAGUCCAAAGAGGUCCUGGUGUUUGACUUUGGCAGUGAAGUUUACGUGUGGCAUGGGAAGGAAGUCAGCCUAGCACAACGGAAAGUGGCGUUCCAGCUGGCCAAGCACUUAUGGAACGGGACCUUUGACUACGAGAACUGUGACAUCAACCCGCUGGACCCGGGGGAGUGCAACCCGCUCAUUCCCAGGAAAGGACAGGGGCGACCCGACUGGGCAAUAUUUGGGAGAGUUACGGAGCACAAUGAGACCAUUCUGUUCAAAGAGAAGUUCCUCGACUGGACAGAACUGAAGAGGCCCACAGAGAGGAACUCCGGGGAAGUUGUCCAGCAGAAGGACGAUCCUAGGGCUGACGUCAAGCCCUACGAUGUGACACGGAUGGUGGCACUGCCCCAGAUGACAGCCGGCACCAUCCUGGACGGGGUGAAUGUGGGCCGGGGCUAUGGCCUGGUGGAAGGAGACGACGGGAGGCAGAUUGAGAUUGCUACCGUCUCUGUGGACGUGUGGCACAUCCUGGAAUUUGACUACAGCCGGCUCCCCAGGCAGAGCAUCGGGCAGUUCCACGAGGGGGACACCUAUGUGGUCAAGUGGAAAUACAUGGCGAGCACAGCAGUGGGAAGCCGACAAAAGGGAGAGCAUCCGGUGAGAGUGGCCGGCAAAGAGAAGUGUGUCUAUUUCUUCUGGCAAGGCCGGCACUCAACCGUGAGUGAGAAGGGGACAUCAGCUCUGAUGACAGUGGAGCUGGAUGAAGAGAGGGGGGCCCAGGUCCAGGUUCUGCAGGGAAAGGAGCCCCCCUGUUUCCUUCAGUGUUUCCAGGGAGGGAUGGUGGUGCACUCUGGACGAAGGGAAGAGGAAGAAGAAAAUGUGCAAAGUGAAUGGAGGCUGUAUUGUGUGCGAGGAGAGGUGCCCAUGGAAGGGAACUUGCUGGAGGUGGCCUGUCACUGUAGCAGCCUGAGGUCCAGGACUUCCAUGGUUGCUCUGAACAUAAACAAGGCCCUCAUUUACCUGUGGCAUGGAUGUAAAGCUCAAGGCCAUACGAAGGAGGUUGGAAGGACUGCAGCGAAUAAAAUCAAGGAACAAUGUCCCCUGGAAGCAGGGCUCCACAGCAGCAGCAAUGUGACUAUCCAUGAGUGUGAUGAAGGAUCCGAGCCCCUGGGAUUCUGGGAUGCCCUGGGGAGGAGGGACAGGAAGGCCUACGACUGCAUGCUCCAAGAUCCUGGGAGUUUUAACUUCGCGCCCCGCCUGUUCAUCCUCAGCAGCUCCUCGGGGGACUUCUCGGCCACGGAGUUCGUGUACCCCGCGCGGGCGCCCUCUGCCGUCAGCUCCAUGCCCUUCCUGCAGGAAGACCUGUACAGCGCACCGCAGCCAGCUCUCUUCCUUGUUGACAAUCACCACGAGGUCUACCUCUGGCAAGGCUGGUGGCCCACUGAGAACAAGAUAACCGGCUCUGCCCGAAUUCGCUGGGCCUCGGAUCGGAAGAGUGCGAUGGAGACAGUCCUGCAGUACUGCCGAGGAAAGAACCUCAAAAAGCCGCCCCCCAAGUCUUACCUUAUCCACGCCGGGCUAGAGCCCCUCACGUUCACCAACAUGUUUCCCAGCUGGGAACACAGAGAAGACAUUGCUGAGAUCACAGAAAUGGACACUGCGGUUUCCAACCAGAUCACCCUGGUGGAAGAUGUCUUGGCCAAGCUGUGUAAAACCAUCUACCCGCUGGCGGAUCUGCUGGCCAGGCCACUCCCAGAGGGCGUAGACCCGCUAAAGCUUGAGAUUUAUCUCACCGAUGAAGACUUUGAGUUUGCGCUUGACAUGAGCAGAGACGAAUUCAACGCACUGCCCACCUGGAAGCAAGUGAACCUGAAGAAAGCCAAGGGCCUGUUCUGAGAGCAGUAUGACAGAGCGACAGGGAGGCCACGUUCAAGGCCGCUAGACCAGAACAUGGUAUUUUUUUUUCUGUCAAAGAAGAAAGUAUUUUUGAAUCAGAGUAUUUCAGAACCUGACCUUAUGAACUCUGUGGCUUGCUCUGGAGCCGAGCAUUUUGUAAAUGUGUAGGAGAACUCUUGGAAUCUUGGAAUCGUUCUUUUUCACGGUUCAGGUAAACUGAAAGAAAAGCGUCUUUUCCGUUCCCUCAGCUGAGCGCUGCCUCAGUGGCCGCUGCAGCCCGGCCCUCCUGUUCCGGCUCGGCAUUGCCUUUUUUAAAGCAAUUCUCUUUAUAAAGUGUUAUUUUGAUAGUUUGUGGAUUCUAAAUAUAUAUAUAUAUAUAUAUUUAUAUAAACAUCAUAUAAAUCAAAUAUGUAUUUAACAAAGCAAUAUGUAUUCAUCCACCUUCAGUUCUUUUCUUUGGUGUCAAAACAAUAUUAUAAGGUAGACUAGACGGCGUCACCUCUGUUGAGUUAGGCCUGCCACCAGUCUGCCCUUACCCCACCCCCGUCCGUCUGUCCGCCCCCACCUCCGUGCUCAGGAGUGCCUCCUUCAGCCUUAGGUCUGGCUUGUGCUGAGUUGUGCUUCCGGUGCUAAAACAAGCAAAGCCUCAGUGCUUCCCAGUGUGGACUCUGAAGAAUCUAUGAGAAUCAACCUUUCUACCUUAAGAUCUCCCCGAGAAAUGUAUAGUGCCUUCUUUUAUGUACAGUUUAUAUACAGAAAAGUUCGCUCUGCUUUUUUUUUUUUUUUUUUUUUUUUUGAUGCUGGUUUGGAAUAUUAUCUACCAUUUUAUUCUCAGAUAGUAGAAAUAAAAACAUCUCAGUUCCUUGUAUCCAUUGUGAACAGUGCACAUGUCGUUCUGUGACACAGGACCCCAAAAUAAAAGCUCAGAAUAAUCACAAUUCA